GUAGCUAACCCUUUUAGCACAUCGGUUAGCCGCUGCCUUCUGCCGCUACGGUCUGCCGCAACGGGGACUUGCUGACCUCCUCACACCCCCCGGGCGAUAUAAGACGUCUCGUUUCGCCUGUAAUUCAUCCGUGGUAUCUUAUCAUGAUCAAAUUUGACCGGACGGCUCGCUAGUUGUCGGUGGAAUCGUAGGGUUUGUAACCGGUUUGGCGGGACUGGGUCGGGUUUAACAAUACGGCGAGCUAAAGGCUAAUUCAGCUAACCUCGAAACGGGCCUCUUUUCUUUUCAAGCGAGCUAACGCAGCUAGUUUAGCGGAGCUACCGCGGCUGUCAUGGAAGACAAAUCUUUUACGAAGGAGUUAGACCAGUGGAUCGAACAGCUAAAUGAGUGCAAGCAGCUUUCGGAAAACCAAGUGAGGACACUCUGCGAGAAGGCCAAGGAGAUUCUAACCAAGGAGUCAAACGUCCAAGAGGUACGAUGCCCGGUGACGGUGUGCGGCGACGUGCACGGCCAGUUCCACGACUUGAUGGAGCUUUUUAAGAUCGGCGGCAAGUCCCCCGACACCAACUACCUGUUCAUGGGGGACUACGUGGACAGAGGCUACUAUUCGGUGGAGACGGUCACGCUGCUCGUCACGCUAAAGGUGCGUUUCCAGGAGCGGAUCACCAUCCUGCGAGGGAACCACGAGUCCCGGCAGAUUACGCAAGUGUACGGCUUCUAUGACGAGUGCCUGAGGAAGUACGGCAACGCCAACGUGUGGAAGUACUUCACAGACCUGUUUGACUACCUGCCGCUCACCGCGCUGGUCGACGGGCAGAUCUUCUGUCUCCACGGAGGCUUGUCGCCCUCCAUAGACACUCUGGACCACAUACGAGCUCUGGACCGCUUGCAGGAGGUCCCGCAUGAGGGCCCCAUGUGUGACCUGCUGUGGUCGGACCCCGACGACCGCGGCGGCUGGGGCAUCUCCCCCCGAGGUGCCGGCUACACCUUUGGCCAGGACAUCUCCGAAACCUUCAACCAUGCCAACGGCCUGACGCUGGUGUCCCGCGCGCAUCAGCUGGUCAUGGAGGGCUACAACUGGGGCCACGACAAAAACGUGGUGACCAUCUUCAGCGCGCCCAACUACUGCUACCGCUGCGGGAAUCAGGCGGCCAUUAUGGAACUGGACGACACCCUCAAGUACUCUUUCCUUCAGUUUGACCCCGCCCCUCGCCGCGGCGAGCCCCACGUGACCAGACGCACUCCCGACUACUUCCUGUGAACGUUCGACGCCGUCCCCGUUCGUCGCACAGUUCCUCCCCAAACCUUCAUUACUGUACCGAGAAGAGAAGCGAUUGGCCGAAUCACCUUCCCGAGUUAAAAGUUAAUCUGCCCCAGCUUGACCCGCCCCCCCUCCCAAACACUUGUUUCCACUCUGUUGUCGUUAACGCUGUGCUACACGUGCAACUAAGAUGUCACCUUUUUUUUCUGUUUAUGAAAUGUUUUUAAGACAUAAUAAAACUUCCAAGGUGGACCAAAUGUGCCAUAUUCUUAUCCUUUCCCCUCCCUCAGUGAUUCCCCCCCCACCUUUUUUCCUUGUUUUUGGAAUCCCCAUCUGAUCACAUCUCGCCACACGUUGCCACAUUUGUGCUUUUUUUUCUGUUUGGAACAAGAGGAGGACAACUAAAAGAAAAACGGCAUUUGCUUCAAGUAGUCCCGCUGUGAGUUGUAGCUGCAGCCCCGCUCAUCAAGUCAGCAACUAUAUUCCUGUUGUCAUUUGAGAACACACUACUAUCAAAUAAAAGUCCUGUUGACAAACUCA